AUGGUAGUCACUACCAUCUAUGUGACCAGACAUGGAUUCCGUGGUAAUUGGACAGUAGACCCUAAAACCGGGAAAUAUUAUAACACCGUUCCAAGUCCCACCAAUAUCCCCUCGGACCCACCCCUGGCUGCUUAUGGCGCACGUCAAGCCGAACAGCUAGCGACUGCUCUCUCAGCCAUCAGAGAUCCUCCAAUUACCCGUGUAUACAGUAGCCCAUUCUAUAGGUGUAUGCAAACGUUACAACCGUUUGUUGAGAAGAGCGGGCUGGAGGUGAGGGGUGAUAAUGGCAUAGGUGAAUGGUACGGCCUAGCGCGAUUCACCCACCCCUCGCCCGCCUCCCCGUCACUCCUACGAACCUUCUUCCAAUCAUACAAUUCCGAGUACAAACCCAGCAUAAUACCCGCUUCAUCCGGCGAAAGCAUACCUAUCCUCCAUGAUCGCUGCGCGUAUGCUCUGACCUACAUCAUCUCCAAUGCAGAUAUCGAAGACGCUGCUUCCUCAGAAGGGCAUGAAAACGAGACAUCCAUUCUUAUCUGCACUCACGCGGCCUCCAUGAUAGCCAUUGGCCGUACUUUGACGGGCCAUAUGCCCGAUGAUGUAUGCGUGGAAGACUUCAAGACCUACACAUGCGGUAUCUCGAAGUUUGUACGCAAGAAUAUACCCCUGGAUGGGGGCUAUGAGAAAUUGGAGAAAUGGGAAGCGGGGAUGGAGGUGCCAAAGACGAAUUGGAGAGCUGAAGGCGUGGCUGGGGGAUGGGGUUGUGCGGUGAAUAGUAAUUGUGAACAUUUGGAAGGCGGAGAAGAGAAAGGAUGGGGAUUCAAAGAUGCUCAGACGUUUUGA